GGCGGUGGUGGCAGUGGUAGCACAGGCGGUGCUUCCCGCCGCGCCCAGCCCUCGGGGAGUAAGGGGCGAGCGUCCCGCUGCCUGACCGCACUGCCUUGCCAUGUUCCAGCUCAUACGAGGUUUCGUCUUGCCGGCUGCCGCCUGCGACGGGAACAGGGAUGGGGACUCCCGGUACGCCAACCUCUUCAGGAAGCUAGACCUCAACGAAGAUGGGAGGGUGGAUAUCGCCGAGCUGCAGACGGGCCUCCGGGCCAUGGGCAUCCCCUUGGGAAAAGAGGCGGAGGAGAAAAUUUUUAAAGCUGGAGAUACUAACCAGGAUGGACAGCUGGAUUUUGAAGAGUUUAUGCAGUAUCUUAAAGAUCAUGAGAAGAAGAUGAAACUGGCAUUUAAGAGCCUGGACAAAAACAAUGAUGGGAAAAUUGAAGCAUCAGAGGUUGUCCAGUCUCUCAAGAUAUUGGGUAUAAACAUUUCAGAAAAACAGGCAGAAAAGAUCCUGCAAAGUAUUGAUGCUGAUGGGACAAUGACAGUAGACUGGAAUGAGUGGAGAGAUCAUUUUAUGUUUAACCCAGCUACAGACAUUGAGGAAAUAAUUCGAUACUGGAAACAUUCCACUGUGUUGGAUAUAGGAGAUAGUUUGACUGUUCCAGAUGAGUUCACAGAGGAAGAGAAGAAGACUGGACAGUGGUGGAAACAGCUGUUGGCUGGAGGAGUGGCUGGUGCUGUCUCUCGAACAGGCACAGCACCAUUAGAUCGUCUUAAAGUGAUGAUGCAGGUUCAUGGUUCAAAAUCAAACAAAAUGAAUAUAGCCAGUGGUUUUAAGCAAAUGUUGAAAGAAGGUGGUGUCCAAUCCCUCUGGAGGGGAAAUGGUGUAAAUGUUGUGAAAAUAGCUCCUGAAACAGCUAUUAAGUUCUGGGCUUAUGAACAGUAUAAGAGGAUACUUACUAAGGAUGAUGGAAAGUUAGGCACUGUUGAAAGAUUUGUAUCCGGUUCUUUGGCUGGAGCAACAGCACAAACUUCUAUAUAUCCCAUGGAGGUUUUAAAAACAAGAUUGGCUGUGGGUAAAACAGGGCAAUAUUCUGGGAUGUUUGACUGUGCUAAGAAGAUCUUGAAAAGAGAAGGCGUAAAGGCCUUCUACAAAGGCUAUGUUCCUAAUAUUCUGGGUAUAAUUCCCUAUGCUGGCAUCGACCUUGCUGUUUAUGAGCUCUUAAAGAGUACGUGGCUAGAACACUAUGCGUCAAGCUCUGCUAACCCAGGUGUUUUUGUACUGUUGGGAUGUGGUACUGUUUCCAGCACGUGUGGGCAGUUAGCCAGUUACCCUCUUGCUCUCAUCAGAACACGCAUGCAGGCUCAAGCCUCUGUGGAAGGAGCUCCACAACUAAACAUGGUCAGUCUAUUUCAAAGAAUUGUUGCUACGGAGGGAAUCCGAGGACUUUAUAGGGGCAUAGCCCCUAAUUUUAUGAAAGUGCUUCCAGCUGUCAGCAUCAGCUAUGUUGUAUAUGAAAAAAUGAAGCAGAAUUUGGGAAUAGCAUGAAAUGAAGGAAAAAGGUGAGAUGCUUCUAAUGUUGCUGGAAACACCAGAACAAAAAUGAUUUCUCAAGUAAUCUGCUCUCACAAUAGAAAUGGAUCUUUGUGGAGAGAUGCUGCCACUUCUACUUUUGCCGUGAAGUGGGAAGAAACUUUAUUAAAUUCUAGUUCACCAUUUCUAAACAGAUACCUAUAUUGCACUUUAAAUGUCACUGAGUUUAAAAAAAAAACAAAAAAAGAAUCAAGAAACUAUCUUUAAAUCAGCAAUUUGUUUAUAUUUUCAAGAAAUUGUGUGCAUUUUACUCAUUGGCUUUUUUUUUUUUUGUAUUUGUCUUCUUUAAAUGUGUAUUUGGCUUGGAUCAAACCAAAGGUAGGAGAAGUUUAUACUGCCUUGAUACUGAAUAUAUGAAAGUGACUUCUUGUUUUGUCAUGCUGCCUAUACUUAAGCAAUUCACAGGCAAAAUUUUACAUGCCUGGAAGUAAGCACUUACUAUUGCUAUUUUUGAAGACUUAAGUUUGUAAGAAACAGCAUCUUAGAUACAGAUGAGGAUGGAGUAACACAUUAAAAUGUAUCCCAUCACCUUAUUUUCAGGUGAACCUUUUCGGUGUUUUUUAAAAUGUUUUUAUUUAAAGAAUAAGAGCCUGAGAAACUGCUGUUCCACAGUAUCUGAAUACCUCAAAUGGAUUUACACGGUAUUUUUAUAAUACAGUCAGUGAUUUUCAUAGUUUGCUUUGCUGGACCUGCUUUUCAUUGCACUUGUAAAUGUUAGCACCAUUAACUGUGACAAGCUUUGGGUUUCAGCUGCAUGCUUCAUAGGAUCAGAAUAUACAGGAGCAGGAAAAGCUCUGUUACUAGAUCAAUUCCAUACAAGUGCAAGUUUGCAUUUAAAAGUGGAGUGGAGGAUCCAGUAUUAAGCUGAUAAUGACUGUAGUACGUAGCCCACGGUGGAGCUAAUCAUAACUGCCCUGGGGAGAGAAAUUCUUCACAAUUUGG